GAGCCAGCCCGGUUCGAUGUCCCACCCAUUCCCAGCCACCUGCAAGGAAUUUAUGAUCACAUGACCCUGGAUAUGGAUGUCGUCCUAUCGGAUUUUGUCCGCUCAACAGGGGCAGAGCCGGGCUUGGCAAGAGACUUACUAGAAGGGAAGAACUGGGAUCUGACUGCGGCCCUGAGCGACUUUGAGCAGCUUCGGCAGGUCCACGCGGGGAACUUGCCCCACUCCUUCCAUGAAGGGCGCAGCUUCAAGCCCGUAGAAAAGGAGACUGUGCGGCCCCCACGGCCCCCAUUGCAGCGCCAGGAUGACAUCGUCCAGGAAAAGCGCCUUUCCCGCGGGAUCUCGCACGCGAGCUCCACCAUUGUUUCUCUGGCUCGCUCCCAUGUCUCCAGCAACGGCAGCGGCAGCAGCGAGCACCUCCUGGAGAUGCCGAUCUGCACCUUCCAGUUGCCCGACCUCACUGUGUACAACGAGGAAUUCCGCAGCUUCAUAGAGCGGGAUCUCAUAGAACAAUCCAUGCUGGUGGCGCUAGAGCAGGCUGGUCGUCUCAACUGGUGGUCUGUCGUGGAUCAAAGCUGCCAGCGCCUGCUCCCCUUGGCGACAACCGGUGACGGGAAUUGUCUCCUUCACGCCGCAUCUCUUGGUAUGUGGGGCUUCCACGACCGGGAUCUUAUGCUCCGCAAAUCUCUCUACUCCCUCAUGGAUAAAGGCAUGGAAAGGGAAGCCCUCAGGCGGCGCUGGAGGUGGCAGCAGACCCAGCAGAACAAAGAGUCUGGCCUCGUUUACACGGAAGAGGAGUGGCAGAAGGAGUGGAAGGAGCUCAUCAAGCUGGCGUCCAGCGAGCCACGGAUGCACUACGGCAACAACGGGGGCACCUGCGGUGGUGUCGAAGGGUCUGAGGAGCCCGUGUAUGAGAGCCUGGAAGAGUUCCAUGUCUUUGUCCUCGCUCAUGUGCUCAAGAGGCCCAUCGUGGUGGUGGCAGACACGAUGCUGCGGGAUUCUGGAGGAGAAGCGUUUGCUCCGAUACCCUUUGGCGGCAUUUAUCUGCCCUUGGAGGUGCCAGCGAGCAAGUGCCACCGCUCCCCCUUGGUCCUGGCAUACGACCAGGCCCACUUCUCUGCCCUGGUGUCCAUGGAGCAGAAGGAACCCACCAAAGAGCAAGCCGUGAUCCCGCUGACAGAUUCGGAACACAAGCUGCUUCCUGUCCACUUCGCUGUUGACCCUGGGAAGGACUGGGAGUGGGGCAGAGACGACCAUGACAACGUCAAACUGGCAAGCGUGACUCUCUCCCUGGAGGCCAAGCUGCAGCUGCUGCACGCCUACAUGAAUGUGAAGUGGAUCACGCUGCCGUGCGAAACGCAGGCACCUCUUGCGCAGCCGGAGUCCCCGACGGCCUCUGCCGGGGAUGAGGCCCGCUCGGCCGCCGACUCAGGUGAUUCGGACAAGGAGUCCGUGUGCAGCAGUUCCGCUAGCAACAGUGGCGGCAGUAAGAGCGGCGGCAGCAAGGAGAAGCCGAAGAAGGAGCGGGACCGUGACAAGGAGAAGAAAAGAGCUGACUCGGUGGCCAACAAGCUGGGCAGCUUCGGCAAAACGCUAGGCAGCAAGCUCAAGAAGAACAUGGGGGGGCUGAUGCACAGCCGAGCCGCCAAGGGGGGCACGAGCAACGGGCAAGGGGAGGCAGCUGCGGAGAAGAAGAAGAAGGGCUCCCUGAAGGUCAGGAAGGGCAGCCAAGAUGAGGCGUUGCCGGGGGAUCCAGCAGCCGCCGUCGAGAAGCUCCUUGGCGGGGGUAAAGCGCCCACCGAGAAGCAGCCGGACACCUCCAAGUACGGCAGCGACGUCCGGCUCAGCUUGAGCAUCCUCCGGGCAGCCAUGCAAGGGGAGCGCAAGUUCAUCUUUGCCGGGCAGCUGAAGACCAGCCACCGGCACCAGUACCAGGAGGAGAUGAUCCAGCGGUACCUCUCAGACGCGGAAGAGCGCUUUGCCACCGAGCAGAAGCAGAAGGAGGCGGAAAAAAAGGCCCUGGGGAACGGCCUGGCUGCCAAGAAGGUCGACUCGGAGGGGAACCCUCUGAGAGGGGAGGAGGUCCUGCUGAACCCCGCCUGCCCCCAGGGGCUCUCCCCGUACAGCCUCCAGAGCCCAGACCUAGCGGCCGUGGGUGCCAAGAUGGCCGGCUUCCCUUCCAGCUACUCGGGGGUCUUCACCAUUCCCCGCCCUUCCAUGGUGAGCAACGUGGAAAGUGCCCACCUGCCCAGCUACCAUGACAGCCGGAGGCAGGUUGCUGGCGGUCCCUGCACCCCCCUCCCCUCGUACGCCACCCUGCCCAGGCACUGCGCCCAGGGGCGGCCCCACCCUUACCCGGCCAGCCCUCCCCACCUGGGGCGGUUCUCUCCCACGGAGAUGGACAUCCCGCCAAGUUUCGCAACGUCGGACUGCGACCGGUCGUCCGGGCUGGUCCUGCACAGCAACGGCUUCCGAGAGUUCCCGGAGCAAGAUGGCAGCCCGCCUAAGGGUGCCGGCGGGGACCGCAGCAAGGCGCGGCUGCUCUGCAGCGUGCAGCAGACCAAAUGCAAGCAGCCGAACUGCAGUUUUUAUGGACACCCGGAGACUGGGAACUUCUGCUCCUGCUGUUACAAAGAGGAACUGAAGCGCAAAGAACGCGACCGGGAGGCGUUGAUACAUCGGUUUUAA